AUGAGGUCGAACGAAAAUCGCAUUUUCAUGAUACUGAUAACGUACGAAGGUAUUUUAAAAACAAUUACGUUCCAAAAUGCGUCGAGUGAUGGAUUUAUUUUAACAACUGGCUCUCCAGUUUCAAUACUGGGGCCAAGAUUAAUUACGUAGACAAAUCAAUGUAUUAGCGUUUUUAUUUAGUAUUUUAUCUUAAAGUGUUUAAUGCAGGCCUAGGAAUGAUGGAAGGAACAGCUCUCUCUUUUGCCUUAUCUCUGUAGAGUCUGUGGAGUAAAAAACUUUUUACAAAAUUCAUGUUAUUCGCCCUAAUACUUUCGCAAAAAAGGCAUCACCUUAGUACCUUAAAAAAGCCUCCUUAUCGUUUUUUACUGCAAAUUAUUUAUUUACAUAGAUCGACAGCUGACCAAAUCAUUUUUGGUGGCAAUGAUGUCAAUGACAGUGCAGAAUCAUGUUUAGUUUUUUUAAAAUAUUGUUAACAGUACAAACUAACGCUCAAAACACGCAAAGUCCUUCAAAGCUACGAUCCUGCUGGUCUCGUUCAGGUAUGGACAGUGUUUCUUACAACGACAAAGAAAUUAACUAAUGAGUUUAUAUCAGCAAAUUUGUUCGGAAUCCUUUUUUUUUGUCUAUCGCAAUGUUGAGCUUGAUGACGGUUUCAGUACCCUUUUCUUUUCUUAAAUUUUAUUUUUUAUAACAGAAAUGUGGUUUCUUUCUCUGGUUUCCAUGCACGAAGGAGUUUUCACGAACGACUAUUUAUCAGAAGAUUUUUUCGGAAUUCUUUUUUGUGACUAUUGCAAGGUUGAGCUUGAUGACGGUUUAUUAUUUUAUUGUAGUUUUUUUUAAAUUCAAUUCUUGUAUAACAGAAAUGUGAUUUCUUUCUCAAAUUUCCAUGCAGCAAUACUGACGUUCCUCAUUUAUCAGACUGCUCGUAGAUCAGCAGAGGCAACCAAACAUAUAUUUCAGCAUUUCGAUUUUGAAAUACCCGUGGCCUUUGGUUUCCGUCAAAACUGAUAGGGUCACAUUAAAGAAAUAAUAUAUAGAUUUAGUCAGGGCUAAAAGCGAGGCCUCCGUUUCUAUACUUAUGAUAAAAGCAAUCAAAUUAAAAUAAUAACAUGAACUCUAAGCCACAAAAAAAUAGAAAGAAAUCUUCGCAUCUCUAAGAGCCUUCGGCACCAGACACCUUUAGAUGGAGGGGCUAAAUGAUUAAGAAAAAAUAUCCUGCAAACAAACCUGAAUUGAAAACAAUGGGUAAAUUGUAGGUCUCUUAAAAGAGCUGUGUCACGAAAUUCAGCCAAAUUAGGUUAUUGCAAAAUACUCGUUGAAUUAAAAGAAACAUAAAAAUAACCGUUUAAAACGUUAAAGGAAGGUUAAAAUAACGCAGCAGAUACAAGAGCUGCCACGGAUGGACAAAACUGAAGAAUAUUGAAACGGAUUGAAAUUGGGGUUUUUGAAAACUGUUCAGCCUGACUGACAGUUUUUCAAAGUUUAUCUCUGCUGUUUGCAGGUUCAAAAAUAACGCUCAGGGGACAUAUUUGUUUGUCUCUAAUCUCUGAUUUUGUCAUUUACAUGUAAUUUCUUUGCCUACUUUCAGUUCCAUAGCGAUUGAGGGCGAGUAAUUGGCAAAAUAAAACAAAAUGAAGUGGACUGCCGUUGCUUGUCGUAAUUUUUUUUGCGCACCUUUAUUUGGCAUUUAUAUGAUUGUUUGUUUGCUGAGUUCAGCAUUUUGCUGGUCAAGUUCUAGAUUUUAGGCGAGCUUUUCAAACUACUAGUUAUCAUAGUCAAAUGUGAGUCACAGGAAAGCUUUCUUGAAUUGUAUAUUCUUCAUCCUUUUUGUCCUUUUGUGUAGUUUUUCAGUAUAAAAGAGAAAAGAUAACAAAACGUGACUGCAACCAGUGAAGUAUGUUUGACAUCCCAGUUGCGUUAUAUGCCGUAUUGUUGAUCAUAAGUACAACGUAAGCAUAUUUUUUUAAAAAACUUUUUACUGAAAGUUUUAUUUCUUUUGUAGUCUGUCCAACAUGUUUUCAGCGAUAUUCUCCAUCGCUUUUGCUAUGGUUUUAGUUUCUGCUGAAAGCAGUACGGUUCAAUCUGCUUUUGAAGUUGCCAUGAGGUGCACUAAAAAAGGAUGGCAAGCGGAAAUGGAUGCUCUGGCAUCAGGCCCUGUCACCGAGGAAGAGAUCCUUGAAGAUGCUUGCAUUUACCUAAGGGUAAGCAUUACAGAGUAUUUAUAUAUCACCAGUAUACAUCAGCUUGUCUUGCGGUCUUUUCUUUCUUUCCUCAAAAGAAGAAGAGCAACAAAAAAUAAAAACCUUUGAUGGCGUUGGAACUUACAUUCAGUGGGCAAGGCGUGGAGGUAAUUGAGAAGCUGUAAGAGGGUCAGAGUGGAUUUGUAGCUUUGACGGCUGACGGUUAAUUUUCAGUCAGUUCAAUUUUGACGGUGGACGGCUAAAUUUUAGGGCUUUAGACGGUUAUUUAGUGAAAAUUUAGUUCACGAGUUAAAGUAAAUAUUAAUUAUAACUUCUGUAUAAAUUAAUUUUUAACUAUUGUGUUUUGGAGGUUGCUUUGAACCGUUCACAUAUAAAAUUUCCAAAUAUUUUAAAAGAUACAGGAAAAUUGUAAGGUCUUGUAAUGUUCAGAGACAAUUUUUUUUAUAUAACAUGGCCAGUGGAUUUUCAAGUGAAGAGAUUCUUCAGGAGCCAAAAGCCCGUGAUGAUCAGCUGAAAUAGUGAGACUUGAAAUACCUCAAAACGUUUUGAUGGUUACUAUAUAUUAAUCUCAAUUUUAGGCCGUUUGGCGGCUGACUGUUAACCCUAUUGAAACCUUCCCCUAAAGGUCGCAGCAGUAAAAGAACUCGCUUCUGGCCUUGUGUAACCUGACCUACUUUCUCGAUAGUAAACUACACAUAUCGCGCCUUAAUUUUUAACCGGUUUUCUUGGCUAAAAAGUUAGUUACGACUGACACUGCUUAGCCCAGUCUGAGUACCAAAACUGGUUUUGCUCAGGAGAACGUUUUGAAAAGAUUACGUUUUCUGUCACUGCACUGUGUUUUCAUCGAACAAGUGUGGACGGAAAAACAUAAAAGGUUUUAUCAGUCUUCAUGUAAAAACAGAUAUCUUUUGACCAAGUUGCUUCCUGCGAACGGGGGGAGACUUCUGAGGCUACCACUCUAUAACUUCAAAACCGCUUAUGAUACGGCCACAAAAUUACACAGGAUAAUGUACUCAUCAUUUCCAACAUCUAGGCAUAUCGUGAUUGACACAAUGACGUAAUCUGACGUCAUUAUGACGUCAUAGUGUUGAAUUUUCUGGCAGAAUCCAAAUUCAUCAAUUUUUCCCCUCAAAGCACAAAAACGUAAAUAGUAAGAAGUCUGGCAAAAUCAAGAAGUAGGCGAUAACACAAAUAAUCUUUCACAAUAGCAGUGAUGUCAUGAUGACGUCAGUUGUUAUCAAAGAAGGAUCUGGAAUCAUCAACCAUCUUGAAUCUGCCAUUUAGAAUUACUGAAUUAGAUGUAUUCAAUUCUACUUAAAACCCGUAUACAUCGUGCAAACGUGAUUGAAGAAUUGAUCAGUGUAUAUGAGAGUGCUUAGGAAUAAUAAAAAAGAAAAUCCACAAGUUAUGAAAUUCCGAGAAAAAUUAACACCAUAAAAUAUUGAACCAAGCAUCUGCCAUUUGGUCAUUUUUUAAAAUUCAUGUUUUUUCUUCUCAAAUCUUCUUAAAUCAUUCAACAAAAAGUCUAUAAUAAAUUUGAGAAAAUAUUGAUGAAAUAGGGUUAAUGCUAUAAUUCAAUACGUGAAAAAUAGAUGUAAAUCUUUUUUUAUAGGAAAAAAGCAAAUCUUGAAAAACAUGGCUGUCAAAACUCGGCUUCCAUAGUACCGUUGUCAAUGUUGACAUAUACGUCACGACGACUUUAAAAUGUUCCCAGAUAAUAGAACGUUUUCACUGUCACGCAACAAAAAAUUAAAUUGGAAACCGUCCAGUGGAAGAAACCAAGAAAAUGAAAUGUUGUAAAAGACUAAUAUAUAAACAAUUUGUCCACGUUUCAGGUCUUUGUGGCCCACAGUUUCUGAGUUAUUUGACGAAACGUUUCAUGCACCUUUGUAGAGCUUUGUAUGGAGACGCCAUAUCGGUGCACCAAUAUGGCCGCCGGAAAUCAACAAAAACAUCACUUUUUCUAUAAAAGCUAUUUCUUUUCACUCGAGAACUAGCAUACGUACGCGUAAACAUAUCUUCUAAUACUUGAAGUGGUUAUACUACUGAAAAUCAAGAGGAGAGACUUUUUUCAACGAGACAGCAUUCAGGGGCACCCAACGACAAUUUUCGGAAAAUUAUCUGUUCGGAAGACGAUUUGAGGUCUAGAAUUUUCGGAUCAUUUUCUGAAAAAAUUCUUGCUUGCCUGCCUCUCCUAGGAUUUUCGAACUUCAAAAAAAUCGUAUAAUUGCCCAUUUUUAAUGGAUUUUUACCCUAAAAAGGUCACCUAGAAUUUUCGGGAGCCUUUUUUCUGGCUGAAAUUUUCGAAAAAGUAAAUUUUGAUUCCUAUAAUUUUCGGAUCACUAUACUUUCAGCUAGGAAAUCCGAACAGAUGAAACAUUUUUAGGGGAUAAAAAUAAGCCUUUAUCUACCGUUUAAAUACUAAAGUACGUUCAACAAUGCUAUGUUUUUGUGGUUUUGAACUAUAUUCUCGUUGGGUGCCCCUGAGCAUUCCUAUUUUGGUGUCACGCACCGUGAAAACUCGGAAGUUCAAAUAGGCCAUUUUCACGAUGGUGUUAUUUUACUACUACGACCAGAAUCCUUUUCGUUUUUCCUUUCAUCUUUAAAUUUUGUAAUCCCAGUGAGGUUUGAAUAACAAAAGCCUUAAUUAGCACAAGGAAGCGAAACCUUGAAGGAUCCUGGUCGUAGUAGUAAAAUGAUGUCAUCGUGCAAAUGUCCUAUUGCUCUAUUUUCGAAAUGAAACAUGCUACGGAAAUGGAAACUUGUACAAAGAUUAACUUUUUGUUUAUCUUCAACCUAGUGUAAAUAAGAAUUCGUAAAACCUCGCUAUUUUGACUUUACAAUUUGAUGAUGUCACAAUGAUAACCAUAUUUUAUUAGGAAAAGUCAGUAAGUUUUAUAGCAUAAACGGUUUUGAAGUUUUAGCAGGGGGGGGGUCCAAACCCCGUUGAUCUGAAUAGGGUUAAUUCUCAGAAGAAUUUAUAUAAUAACAAUGCUAAAAAAAUACACCACGGAGUUAUUUGUUCCCACAAUAUCAAUGGUUUGAAAACGUUAUAAUGAUAUUGGAAGUUCUGAGCUCUCGAUGGCAUUGCUAUCCUUUGAUUACUCUUCAUGAAGACUCAGUAAAUUUGAACAAAUAUAUUAAGAACCCACCAUGUUCGAUGAGUUCUUAACCUUUUCUAUACUUUAACGCUUACUAACCUUCUUUAUUAUUAUUAUUAUUAUUAUUAUUAUUAUUAUUAUUUUGACAGGAGUUUGCGCGUUGCAUUCUGAAUACAGACCCCUCUAAAUAUGCCUCACCCGACCCCAGUAUCGUCCACCUCUUGGCCGCUUACGAAUGGCAGCAUCUGUACAUAGCAGAGAUGGCUGGAAUUUGUGACAACAUGCCGACAGAAAAGCUAAAGAAGAUCGCAUUGGAUCACGGUAUGCUUCAAGGGAGGGGCAAAAGGCGGGUGGGUGUUUGUAGCUGGAAUCCCUCUUGAGUUUUUGAUAUGUUGUGUGAGGCCUUUAGUAUUGUGGAUUAAGGCUGCUGAGGGGGCGGGGGGCAGGGAAGAUUUUGGGCUAAACUAGGUGAGAUUUAGCCGAUCCGCGCUUUGAAUGUUUCUUCAGUGAAGCGAUCCCCCGUAAUAACUUUUGAUGACUUUCGUGAUCCCUCCACCAUGCCUUCAUUUUCCAAGCAAAUUUGAGUGGUUCCCCCCUCCGAAUCCUUCCAAAGUUUUCAGCGAUCCCCCCCUCUUGGGUUCUCAGUUACGACUGAGAACCCAAGAGGGGUUCUCACAAAAAUCAACUGACCCUUUCCCAUCCCCCCUCCCCCCCCCCUCCCCCCCCACUCCCGCAGGCGAUAAAUAAUGACCGGUGCCUAAUAUACUUUUAUUUGCCAACAGUUUAGAGCUAGUUAGUAUAGAAACUAAGCACAUAUUUAUGCUUUAGGUCUAAAAUAGGUUAUCAUUUAACAUUUUACUCUCUUGCCCUACACCUUUUUUAGACAAAAAUGCAAACUUGCUUUUCUGUUGGCCCCAAUUGUCAUCACUUUCAAUGUCAUAUAUCGCAACCACCCCUGACUACCUUCUCUAUUAACGUCGGAAGGGGUUUAAUCCAAGGAUCUAUUUUGAUGUCAAAUAAUUUCUCUUUUUUAAGGUGUAAUGGAGAAAGAAAAUUUGAAGAAUGUUGGUAAGAAGUUUCAUUUUUACAUAGGACAGUGAAUCUUGAUAGGAUGUAGCACAUAUCUAAACAUUAGGCAUCAAGUGAUUGAUUCAGAUUCUGACUCGCUCCAACCAGCCGAACCACCCGAACUGCAUGCGAAAGAUUUAGUGGACGCUUACGGGAGGUGGUCGCUUACGAGAAUCGAACCACAGGUAGUCCCCUCCGAGAAGAGGUCCCGACACAUCUACAUCGUGGCAGAGAAAUCAUUGCAUGCGAUUUCUAAGUUCCGUAAACGAGUUAGUUUUGUGUUAGCUUUUUUCGUGUACUCUGAGUGGCGUAGCACAUGCAGUGACCAGAGACCACAUCACUCGUAAAGUGGUCGCUUACGAGAGCACACAAACAAUAUUAAAAACAACAAAAUCGUCAGGCCAAAAAGAAGUGGUCGCGGUCGCUCCUGUGAGGUGGUCGUUUCAGCGAAAGAUUUUGAUUACAGGGAUUUGAUUGGGAACAUUUUGGUGUUUUGGUUAGGUGGUCGCAUGGGAGGUGUGGUCGCACAAGAGGUUCGACCGUAGUCAUGCAAUGCUUUCUCUUGGUAUACCGCGAAUAUCCCACUAUUGAUUUGAAUGUUUCAUAGAUAAAACUGUGUACACUGAGAAAAAUCAAGUUACUCCUGGGAUAUAUUUCACGGUAUGCCACUCGAAAUUGUUGCACAACUACAGCCCUGGACAAAGACCUUCUGACAGUAAUGCAGCAUUCGUAACCCCCCAUAAACAGUUGAAACUCGGGAAAAGUUCUGGAUACAAGCGUCCAACCUUGUUUGUGGGGUGGGAGAUGGGUUGGGCAUGUGUGAUUUAAAGAAAGCCCAGCAAAUGUAAACUUUUAUUAUCUAUUAUUGUAGCAGGUGUUUGCCCUUCAAUGUGUAUAUAUGUGUAUAUAUUUUAUCUGAUUCCAGAGAAUGACACAUGGGCUGAUUGCGUUGGACUUACGAUGCGCAAAUGCAUGCUGCUAUCUGAAAAACUGAUAAAGGAAGGUAAAUCGAUGGAUUUCGUGUCCGCAACGACCGAGUACAUCAACUGUUGCAAAAAGGCAGACAAGUACAAGUGUCCGGCAAAAAUGCUGGAUCACUAUAUUCACACUAUGGAUGUUUAUUAUCAACACCUGGAUUAA